AUGUUUUCACAAAUCGCCAUCGUCGCUCUAAGUCUUCUAGCAGCAACGACAGAAGCUCGAUCGCAUAGUAGUCGAUCGGGAAUCAACAAAGCCCAUGGAAUCGAUAAGAGGGCCACCACAGCUCCUAAAGUGUCAGGAUGGACAUAUGAAGGAUGUAUUGUUGACGGUUCAGCAAGAGUACUGACUGCCAAACAGAAGGUCGAUGACGCUAUGACUGCUGAAUUAUGUACAUCGUGGUGUGCAAGUCAGAAUUACAAAUACGCAGGAUUGGAGGCCAAAAAUCAAUGUUUCUGCGAUAGUUCCUUGAAGAAUGGUCUGGGUCAAUCGGCAUCCGCUUCAGAGUGCACUUACGCGUGUGCAGGUGAUGCCACCCAGCCUUGUGGAGGUUACUACAGAAUGAAUCUAUAUGUUGCAGGCUCUUCAUCCGUCGCCCUUCCUAGUUCGAGUACCUCAGUCAAGUCAUCGACCACAUCCACCAAGGUAUCAACUACAGCAGCUACCUCGACUAGCAAGACAUCUACCACAACUGCCAAAUCUUCUACCUCAACCACGACUAGCAAGACCACUUCGGCACCCACUUCUUCUGCUACAUCGGGCAAUUCAGUGGCUACCUACUACGGAUGUUACCAAGAUAAUUCUUCUUCACGGAUCUUGAACAGUGCAUCGACGGAGUCUACAUCGAUGACACCCAGUGUUUGUCAAGCUUUCUGUAGUGGAAAAGGAUAUUCUCUCGCAGGUGUUUCUUAUGGUAAACAAUGUUACUGUGGAAACUCCAUCGAUUCAUCCAAGAAACAGUCAUCAGAGACCGGAUGCUCAUACUCUUGUACCGGUACCACCACCUUGAAAUGUGGAGGAUUUUAUUACCUCAAUGUCUACAGUUCAAGUGGUACCAUCGUAACCACUAGCUCAAGCACAAGUAUGAGUAAAACCUCCACAUCAAGUAGCUCAGCCUCUACCUCUAAAUCUGCAUCCACGUCCGCAUCUGCUUCUUCAACAUCUUCUGCAGCGGGUGCCGCCGGUUCAUCUGUUAUUGGAGCUGCUUCAGCACCAAAGGCAACAGGAACCAAACAACUUUUCGCUCAUCACAUGGUUGGUAACACUUACUCUUACACUCAAUCUACAUGGGCAGAUGAUAUCAGUCAAGCUUCCGCAGCUGGAAUUGAUGGUUUCGCUUUGAAUUACGGUCGUGACGAUUGGCAACCCGCUCGACUUAACGACGCUUAUGCAGCUGCUAAAGCCGAUGGAGGUUUCAAGCUCUUCUUAUCUAUGGACGUCUCUUCUCUUGGAUGCGCAUCAACUGGUGACGCUCAAAAUCUUGUGAACACAAUUGCUACAUACGCCACCAAUUCUGCUCAGGCUAAAGUAGAUGGUAAAGUCUUGGUUUCAACAUUUGCUGGUGAAAAUUGUCAAUUUGGUCAAGGAUCUUACCAAGCAGGUUGGACAUAUUUCCAAUCUUUGUUAACUGCUAAGAAAAUCGACAUUUAUUUCGUCCCCGCCACUUUUGCCGAUAUCAGCACUUUCAAAUCUAGUUCGUGGAUGGAUGGUGAAUUCAAUUGGAAUUCAGCUUGGCCAAUGAGCGGAUCAGCUCUUGGUACAUACAGCGAUACAAGUUACAUGUCCGCUUUAGGCAACAAGACUUAUAUGGCAGGUGUUUCACCCGCUUUCUUCACUUAUUACGGACCUUCAUCCUACAAUAAGAACUGGAUUUACAGAGGUGAUGAUUGGUUACUCGCUAGAAGAAUGGAACAAAUCAUCUCAAUGAGAGACAAAUUUGAUUUAGCUGAAAUUAUUUCUUGGAAUGAUUACGGAGAGUCCCAUUACAUUGGCCCCAUCCGAGCUGAUCAACCUAACUCUCAAGGCUGGACCAACGGUAUGCCUCACACUGCAUGGCUCAAUGUCGUUUCAUACUACGCUCCAGCAUUCAAGACAGGAUCAUACCCUUCCGCCAAUGAUCAACUUGUUUUAUGGACCAGACCACAUCCCAAAGCUGCAACAGCUACAUCACCUACCAACGCCAGACCUUCAGGUUCCGAUUACACCGAUGAUUUACUCUAUGUUUGGGUCGUCCUCAAAUCAUCUGCUACCCUCACAGUUACCUCAGGUAACAAUACAGUUUCUUGGAACUUGGGUAGCGGCGUUAACAAGGUUUCAGUCAAAUCGGCUGCUGGAGCAAUCGGAGCUAAGAUUGUAAGAAGUGGUGCAACUGUCAAGAGUUACGACUCAACAGGUACUUUUGCUUAUACCAAUACUCCUACCGACUACAACUUCAACUACUUUGUAGCUUCAGCUUAA